CACAGCAUACACGGCAUGAUGGAGGAGGAGAACACCAUACGGCCGCAUCAGGAGAUACGACAACUGACGCUGGAGGAGAAGAAAUUUCUGCUGGCUGUGGAGCGUGGAGAUAUGGCGGGUACGCGUCGAAUGCUACAAAAGGCCCAGGACACGGAAUACAUUAAUGUGAAUUGUGUGGAUCCGUUGGGACGCACUGCCCUCUUGAUGGCAAUCGAUAAUGAGAAUUUGGAAAUGGUCGAGCUGCUCAUCAACUAUAAUGUGGAUACGAAAGAUGCGCUGCUGCAUUCCAUAUCGGAGGAGUUCGUCGAGGCGGUCGAAGUGCUGUUGGAUCAUGAAAAUGUCACCUUUCAAAACGAGGGCAAUCAUAGCUGGGAGUCGGCCACAGAGGAUACUUCGACCUUUACACCGGACAUAACGCCAUUGAUCCUAGCCGCCCAUCGGGACAACUAUGAGAUCAUUAAGAUAUUGCUGGAUCGUGGCGCUGUGCUCCCCAUGCCCCACGAUGUGCGCUGCGGCUGUGAUGAGUGUGUUCAGAGCCGUCAGGAGGAUUCCCUCAGACACUCACGUUCCCGCAUUAAUGCCUAUCGUGCAUUGGCUAGCCCCAGCCUGAUAGCGCUUUCCUCCAAGGACCCCAUUCUAACAGCAUUCGAGUUAUCCUGGGAGCUGCGACGUUUAAGUUUUCUGGAGCAUGAAUUUAAGAAUGAGUACCAGGAGCUGCGCAAACAAUGCCAGGACUUCGCCACUGCCUUGCUCGACCACACACGCACCUCACACGAGCUGGAGAUAUUGCUUAAUCACGACCCCACCGGUCCGAUCUAUGAACAUGGUGAACGCAUGCAUUUAAAUCGCCUGAAAUUGGCCAUAAAAUUAAGGCAAAAGAAGUUCGUGGCUCACUCCAAUGUGCAGCAACUGCUUGCCAGCAUUUGGUACGAGGGUCUGCCGGGUUUUCGACGCAAAAAUAUGGCCCUGCAAGCUCUGGACAUCAUACGCAUUGGCAUUUUAUUUCCCAUUUUUUCAAUAGCCUACAUAUUGGCGCCUUACUCCAGCAUUGGACAGACCAUGCGCAAGCCUUUCAUCAAGUUUAUUUGCCACAGCGCCUCAUACUUCACCUUUCUAUUUCUGCUCAUGUUGGCCUCCCAACGCAUUGAGACGUUCAUUGGGGGCUGGUUUAUGGCCGCUGAACCGACUCCAACCACCUCCAAGUACUCACAAGUCGAGGAGGUGCCCACCAAGCGUGGCGCGAAGCCCACCUUCAUCGAGUGGCUCAUACUGGCUUGGGUAAGUGGUCUGAUCUGGAGCGAGGUGAAGCAACUCUGGGAUGUUGGACUGCAGGAGUAUCUCAAUGAUAUGUGGAAUGUAAUCGAUUUUGUUACAAACUCCCUCUAUGUGGCCACAGUGGCCUUGCGCGUGGUAUCCUUUUUCCAGGUUCAAAAAGAACUGGCGACCAAUGCACAUGCCUCGUCCCUGCCGCGUGAGCGUUGGGAUACUUGGGACCCAAUGCUCAUCUCGGAGGGCCUAUUUAGUGCGGCAAACAUUUUCAGUAGCCUGAAGUUGGUUUACAUAUUCUCGGUGAAUCCACAUUUAGGACCACUGCAAGUGUCGCUGUCGCGCAUGGUUAUGGAUAUUAUGAAAUUUUUCUUUUUGUACGUAUUAGUGCUGUUUGCCUUUGGCAGCGGUCUCAAUCAGCUAUUGUGGUACUAUGCGGAUCUGGAGAAGAAGCGCUGUCCCGAGGUUUCGCCCAAUAGUGUCUUGCUCAACAUGAAUGGCACGAAUGAUCCAAAUGCCUGCAUAGUCUGGCGUCGCUUUUCCAAUCUCUUCGAGACCACACAGACUCUGUUCUGGGCGGUGUUUGGUCUCAUCGAUUUGGACAGCUUCGAGCUGGAUGGCAUUAAGAUAUUUACACGCUUCUGGGGCAUGCUGAUGUUUGGCACCUAUUCGGUCAUUAAUAUUGUGGUGCUGCUCAAUUUAUUGAUUGCCAUGAUGAAUCACUCCUAUCAGCUAAUAUCGGAACGCGCGGAUGUUGAGUGGAAAUUUGCUCGUUCGAAGCUGUGGAUCAGCUAUUUCGAAGAGGGUGGCACUUGUCCGCCACCCUUUAACAUUAUUCCCACACCCAAGUCCAUUUGGUAUGCCUUCAAAUGGAUGCGCCGCGUAUUUUGCAGCGGCUCCUCGGCCGCCAGACGCGAACAUCUCAAAACCAUACGCCGCAAGGCUCAACAGGCCAGCGAUCGGGACUUCAAGUAUCAGCAAAUUAUGCGCAACUUGGUGCGUCGUUAUGUGACUGUUGAGCAACGCAAGGCGGAAUCUCAGGGCGUUACCGAAGACGAUGUGAAUGAGAUCAAACAGGAUAUAUCGGCCUUCCGUUGUGAGCUCGUUGAGAUCUUAAAGAUCAGCGGCAUGGACACGAAUGUGACGGCCGGACAAGGUGGUGGUGGUGGCAAAAAGAAUCGCCAGAAGGAGCGACGUCUAAUGAAAGGCUUCAAUAUUGCACCACCCGGUUCUACGGGCUCCUUAGCACCCGUUGCCGAGUUCUCUACAUCGCUGGACAAUUACGAGAACCAGCAUGAGAUACUCAGCUCGACCUUAUCGACGCUUUUCACGCCCAACUUCAUGCACAGGCGUCAACACGGCAAUGGCAGCAAUGGCGCCGAGUCCCCUACAACGCCCACAAUGGGCACGACUGUGGUUCCCGGCGCUACAAAAUACAAUAAAUCAGUUCUCAAGCCAUAUAAUAAACGCAUAGCGGGCCAUAAAAAGCGCUGGGGCACUCUGAUUGAGGCCGCCAAAGUGGGCAACGUCAGCAAAAUGUUGGGUCGCUCCAAGUCCGAAGAUUCUGUCUGCAAUUCCUCGCAAAAUACAACGCCAGUGCAUGGUCAGGUGCGUGUGACUUAUGCCCAGAAUUCUCCCCAGCAUGGCUAUCAUAGCGAGUCGACAGCGACAAUGACGCCACCCCUGAGCUCCAGCAGCGUGGGCAGCAACAGCACCAACAACCCCCAUAUGGGCGUGGGAGCGCACUUCUUUCACACCACCACUGGUCUGACCGCAAUUGCCGCAUUGAAGCGCAAACGCAAAAAGUUUUCAUCGAGCAAAAAUAUUUGCCCUGUGACGGAAUCAAUAGCAGCUGCCAAUGCCGCCGAGCUGUUGACUGACAAGACCCUCAAACGCGUCUCCAGCUAUCCAGCGGCCACCGGGGAGGGCAGCGUGCUGCACAAAGAUCCCGCACAGGCGGCCAAGCCACGGCGGCAUGAGCAGACACAAAGUCAACACGAUUCGGUGGAAACAUCGGCAGAGUUUACAUUAUCCAGUGAUACGCAACAGCUGGAUCCAUCCAAUACGUCCGUCAAUUCGAGGGAACCAUUGAUCAGCAACAGUUACGUAUCGACCAUGGGGGCCAUUGGUUGA